AUGAGUUCCUUGAACGGGCUUGCCUCAGAUUGCCAGACAGAAAUUCUUGCACAGUUAUACGAUGUUUGCGAACAGAGAGGCGUUAAGGACGAAGUUCUCAAAAACGCUCAAGAUAUGGCAACAGUCGCUUGCAGAAACGUUCUCAAUCCAGAAGAAACUCCAUUAAAAACAUUCGAUGGUGUUCCAAAAGAUAAAACUUUCGAACUUCAACUUAUUUAUGACUUCUUAAAGCAAUCAGGUUUCAAUUUUGCCGCAAAUUGCCUUAAAUUCGAAUCACAACAGCCAGAAUUGCUCGAAAACUUUAACCGUCGUCAGCUUGGUAAAGAAUCACAUUUCUGCACUUACGACAAGACACCAUACCUUGUUCAGAUUAUUCGCGAAAUUCAACGUGCUGAGAAGCAAUAA